AUGCGUUGGACCAACACGGGGGCCAUAUCGGAUUCUUUGAAGAAUAAGAAUAAGAAGAAGAAGAAGAAGAAGAAGAAGAAGAAGAAGAAGAAGAAGAAGAAGAAGAAGAAGAAGAAGAAGAAGAAGAAGGGCUCACUGGAACAGGUUUAUUUAGAUGCUGACGUUUCGAAGAGCUUGGUCGGCUCUCCAUUGUCAAAGCGUAAAAUGCACUUAAUCGACCAGAGGUCCCAAGUGGUGUGUCACGUUGGUCAGCCUCGUGCUGAUCGAUUUUUCUCUUCUCUCGCUGCCUCGGCUUCGCGGAGGACGGUUGAAGGGCGUCUUGUCUACGUGCUUUGUAAGUCAACACUCCGUUGGGGGAAGGUGACUGAACUAGUGUCGGGCGGUCGGUUUGGCGGUUCUUGUUCUUCUUCACCCAGUAAACACGCCGUCGGGCUGUCUCCAUAUGACCUUCUUAGGUCCGGCGUGGUUGUUUGGUCCUGAGCUCUACGAUUGUGAUGACGUAGGACUUUGUAAGCUGCAGGAAAGUCCAGGUGCCUGUUGAUGAAAUGGCCAUCGAUGAGCCACGCCUCGAGAGUUAGCCGUUCUACUUUUGUGUUGCUCUGGCCUAAGAUGGUAGCUCGCUGGAGAUCAAAGGCAUGCCCAGUUUCUCCAACGUGUAUUGCUAAUUGAGAGUUAGGGUCUAACCUCCGAGUAGCCUAUUUGUGCUCUUGUAGGCGAGUCUGCAAUUUCCGCCCGGUUUGUUCCACAUAGUUGCAGUCGCCCUUAUCGCAAUUUAUCUUCUAGAUAACUACUGAGGUUUCGACGGGUGACAAUGGGUCCUUAGGUUGCAUCAGACGACGUCGAAUUGUUGCCUGGGGUCGGUGGGCUUUGCCUACUCUGGCAGGUUUUAACAAUCGAGAGACCGCCUCAGAGACCCCUUUAACGUAGAGAAUGGCCCUCCAGACUUCAGGUUUCUGCUCGUUUGGCCGUCGUCCGUGCGCCCGACGUCUGCUUAUCUCGAUAAAAUAACUGGGAUAACUAUAAGUUGCAAGUAGGUUCUGAAGACACAUUAGUUCGACUCUUUUAUCUUCUGGCGUGCUGCAGUGUGUUUCGACUCGUUGGAAUGGAGUGCGGACACAGCUACGUUUGUCAGGCAGGAUGGUUGCUGUUGAAGUGUAGGAUCUGUCUCGUCUCGGGGAAUUUUCGGAAUACAGCGGUUUGCAGUUGUCCAGUUGUACACCGGCGCACAAGCACGUCAAGGAAGGACAGUUGGUUGUUUGUUUCUGCUUCCAUCGUAAGUUGGAUAUCUGGGUCAACCGAGUUCAGUAGUUCGGAUUCUGGCAGGCGUUAUCGGAAUGCGCAACAUAACAAAUACCUACAUUUUGAGUGUCCGAUGGUGGACCUCACGCACAUUAGAACCCGCUCCCCCCCAUUGUUGUUGUUUGUCAAAGAUCUGGUCAUUUGCUGUGUGGACCAGGUGGUGUAGAAUGAAGUGCCAAGGUGCGGGAUCGACCAUGCCAUCCACCUGCGUCCUUCCCCGCCUCCGGUCUUCUUGACUCUGUCUUGACACCGGGUUCAGAUGGGGGAAUGAGGAUAGAGUGCGGCGGAUGCUGCACAAGUCUACUAUCACCAUAAAUUAAUUCACACGCAAGUCACCGUGCCUGAUCCAUCUUUCCGUGGGGCACACAGUGAACAUCGUCGGCAACAACGGUCGAACUGACAUGUCUUCGAGUGCACUUCUUUUCGGCCGCCUACGAAAACCGCACUCGGUGAACAUGACUACUUGCUUAUUAUGCAUUUUCUCCAUCGCUUGUUUAUGGCUUUGUAGAUUCAAAUACAUCUCAUAGAAAACUUCCUCAAAACUUUUAUUUUUUUCACUCAUUUUGUAUAAAAUAAUUUCUUUUUUAAACUGUGUAUUCCCGGAGAGGGUAUCUUUUGGCUUUAAAAAAGCUUCUCGAUUUCCGAAUAAUUUUGAAUUCCCUCUACCAUUGCACUUUUAUUAUGCGUUUACAGUUUACAGGAUGAAAACUUUCCGCGUGAAGAAAAACAUACCUUUCCUUAUGCCACUAAGAAAAUGUCGUAUGAAGCUUAUAAAACGUUGCAAGGGAUGUGGGCUACGUUGUGUACUUGACGAGGAACGUAACUAAACAAAAAAAUCUCAUGAAUAGAAACUUUUAAAAGCCCAAAGAUGCCCUUUGUUCGAAUAUACAACCUAAAGAAGGCGUGAUUUUCUAACAAAUGACUGUAAGAAAGAAUAUGUUCGUGCAUGCUUUCUGAAAAAAACAUAUUUGAAUUUACAAAAGUAUUGAAAAUCGGCGGAGAAAAUGCGUAAUAGAUAGGUAGUCAAUUUCUACCGAGUGCGGUCUUUGCAGACGGUCAAAAAAGGCGCAUUCGGAAGUCAACAUUUUGUUGUGUCUGAAAUAUGACGGUGUUGUGCCACAAGAUAAUCAACCUUGCAACGCCACUUAAGUAAUAUUUCCUAAUCGAAAACGCAUUUCAAAAUUUCGGUUUACACUUCAUGAGAUCGGUUACUGUCUGUACCUCUUCUCAACUACUUCCUGGGACUCGUAUUUCCGCUUGUAACGACCGCUGUUCCAUGAGUCGGGUUGAGGAUUGACUUGUUCGCGAAUUCAUUUAUAGUGAGGCAAACUUGUACUGCAUCUACUUUAUUCUCUAUUCCCUCACCUGCCUCGCUCCAAUAGCAAUACAACGUUAAGAGGACCUUUCGGUGGGCGUGUGUGUGUGCAGUGGCGGACGAUCCGUCUGUCCAGACCGUACGCGGCCCUGUCUCUGACGCUUUCGGACUACAUUUAACGGAGUCUCGUUUCGCACACGAGCGAGAAUUCCAGAAAGGCCGCGUUUAGAUGGGGUCGUUGCAACCUGACGUUGAGUCUUGAGAAAGAACAAGAUACCACCCCAGUUGUCAACCGUCCAGUCCGCGACUGAUAGCGCGUCAGAUUCAUUAUAAGUGACAAAUGCCCCGAUACUUCAUGGCACUGGGUUGCCCAGUAUCGACCUCACGCUCUUUCUCCUCCCCUUUCCGACAUAUCAGUAGCUGGUCCGAGCCAAACCGACUUGGAAUACGAUUAGAUGUGUUGGCUGACAUCGUGGGCUCCUGUGUCCAAGAUGCGCCACAAACGUGUGUUGCGGUAGGUAGAGACUUGUGAAGACUCAAAACAGUACUAUACGUACUAUGCGCCGGUUUGGCCCCCUUUCCUGUCCAGCGCACCUGGAGAGCAUCCUGUUAUUGAUGCCUUAUGCAAACAACUUAUUUCUAUUUAAGUAAUGUUGGGUUUUAGAAUUUAUUCACAUACGGACCUCUGCGCAGCCCCUUGCUGUCAUUUACUAUGGCGUUUGCAGACGACGGACCACAUUACUUCCGCUCUAGCGUAGGUGAGUCCCAAGUAACUGCUGUAUUGCUGCCCUACGUGUAUGUCUUCAAUGCUGUCAGUGUUACUUCGUCUACCUGUAUGGUUUUCGAUAUUUCCUUUGUUGUUCUUUGAUAUCACCCCUCUGCUAAUACCUCUGACGAUGGACUCCUACACGAGUCCGAAAACUCAGGACAGUAGACAAAAUGUUCCGAUGCUCGAUCCUCCUCCUCCUCCUCCUUCUUCUUCUUCUUCUUCUUCUUCUUCACUUAUAUCACCCCUUUUGCGAAUUUUUGACAUACUUCCGCCGGAUGUAACUAAUAGGGAGUUCGAAGUUGCAUACAUCAAAUAAACCAAACUAAACUGAACGACAAUCUACUCUUCACUGCCCAGCAUGGAUUUCGGAGAGGCAGGUCAGGUGUGAAACAACUUGCUCUACUGUCUAGGAGGCUGGAAUCGAGUGGCUAAUGGACAGAAUGCGGGGCAUUAAGUACACACAGACUUUAAUCAGGCUGUCGGUAGCGCAUCACACUAGCGUUCUCUGUACACACUCAGCCGAACAUGCGUUAAGGCUAAUCUCCCGAGGGGAAUUCAGAGCUUCUUAAUUGGCCGAUCUCGAGUUCUCCGCGUUGGUGAUCGGCAGUCGGCGGAGGUGGUGGUUGAAAGCUGUGCAUCCCAAGACUCCGUUCUCAACCCCACUCUGUGUUGAUGAACUGGAUUGAGGCCUCACGAGGUUUGUUGACGAUAUCAAACUGUUCGCGUUACACGCAGUGAGGCCAACGUAGAGUGUCUGCGGGCAAACGCAAACCUACACUAGCAAUUCUCGAAUCGCUGGCUUUUGCCGCUCAGCGCGAAAGAGUGCAACAUUUUCCUAGUUGGCAGAACCAGAUCUCCAAGCCGCAGGGUUCACUAAAUGAACGGCACACCUUUAAAGAAUUUGACGCUCAGAAGUUGGUGCGUGUGUGGGCCACAAUUUCACCUAUACCAUCGCUCGGCUUCCCAGAGGCAGUCAAGUACGUGAAUCCCAGCUUGUACCUUGUAAAACAGUCUGUCUCAAAAGUCGAUGAGGACUGCUUCGUUAAGGCUUUUGGAACGUUUGUGCGACCGGGACUGGAGUGCACCCUAGACCGUUAA